AUCGGCUGCAAGAAGAAAAAAGAAUAAAAAAGCGAUCGUGGUCAUAUGUAUUAUGUAAGAAACAGCUCAACCGAAGAAACGUCUGUCUACCACAUCUUCACCGGCGUCGUCAAUGGCUACUCAAUCUGCUACUUCUGCUUCUUCCUCUUCCAACAUUCAGCCGCCACCACCACAACCACCCAAGGAGUCGCUCGGCCGGCGUUACAAGUUCAUCUGGCCUCUUCUUCUCGCUGUCAAUUUUUCCAUCGGAGCUUACCUUUUCACAAGAACAACUAAAGAGGAGAAGACAGAGGGAGAGGCGCCUGCAACUGCGGUUACAUCCACUGCCAUAUCAACCGCCUCCGUGCCUCCUCCUGCCGCCCCAAAGCCUGUGAAACCAAUCCCCAUUGAUGAACAGAUAGAGCUCUUUAAGUGGAUAUUGGAAGAGAAAAGAAAAGUGAAAACAAAAGAUCCUCAAGAGAAAAAACGAAUCGAUGAAGAAAAAGCCAUACUCAAACAAUUCAUCCGCUCAAAGUCCAUCCCCACCUUGUAGACAUAUAAUACACUUGGAAUUGUACAUUUUGUAAUGUUGUAUUUUGGUUUAUCCCUUACAUAUUUGGUUGAAUGUUUGUAUAGAGGUGUGAAAAUCAGAUUGUUGUUACUGUUGUUUUCUUCAUGAAGUAGGUCAUGAUGGAUUUAUAUUAUUGAAUACAAUGGAAAGAAGAAUGAUGGUGUGCUA